AUGUACCUUCUACCGCGACUCGGCCCGAGAAGUAGACAGGUGUUAGGGGUCAUUGUGAAGUGUUCUAGCAGUGCCUCCAACUUGUUCCGUCAAGCAGGAUCCAGAGCAUAUGGCGAUCGAUCGAAACGGAUGAAUGCCUUUAACACGACAAGUGGCAUGGCUCCCGAUGCACGAACUUCCAAGUCAGGGCUCGACAAUUUUAAGACUUCGGAUGCCACGUUAUUGGCCAUAUGCACACGCUGGAUGUGCAUGGCGUUUACACGAGUCUUGGCCAUCGGCACCUUGAAGCCAUUCACAUAUCAUCUUGGCGUCUAUGGGGGUGGAGGGUCCGACUUUGAGAUCUGGGUGGGUGAAAAAGAAACCUCGAAUGGCAUAUGGCCCGGAAACGGGAACAUGUGCUGGUCGUCUUUAGUUGCAAUUUGGCCCCACUAUCCGCUCCAACACCUUAGCUACUGCGUAGUAACUUCCUUCGGCGUUAUACGGUGGGCGACGACUGGUCCGAGUAGGGAUUACCAAUCGAUGCCUUACCUACUGCUCUGGAGAAUCGGGAUCAGAACGGCGCCCUCAGGUGACGAAGGAGAUGUAUCGUAUCCCUUUCUCUGGCUUCCUGGGCGCGAGCAGCACGGGGUGAAUGAGCCUGAAGAUACACACCAUACAAUGCAAACUGUUUAUGAGCAUCGGAGGCAUCUUAUCAGCGGAUGCAGCAAAAUUGUAUUUGGUAAGAAGGUCUGUCUUCGGGAGGAUAAAAGAUAUGAGUUCUUCUUUCAAGGCAAACGUGGUGGCACGAUGGUUCACGUAAAGAGUUGGGGCACUGAACUCUGGGUAUGA